AUCACCCCGCGCGCAGCACCGCCCCCGCCCCGGCCGGCCGCCGCCGCCAUGGAGUCGAACAGGGACGAGGCGGAGCGGUGUAUCGGCAUCGCGCUGGCCGCCGUCAAGGCCAACCAGCCCGAACGAGCCCGCCGCUUCCUGGAGAAGGCGCAGCGCCUCUACCCCUCGCCGCGGGUCCGCGUUCUCCUCGAGUCGCUCAACAAGAGCGAGCCGUCAUCCACCGGGCAGUCCCAGGCCCGGGAGUCCCCAAACGCCCAGUUCAGGAAGGCGGGCGGGGACUUCCCUUCAGCCAAUGGGGAGGCCGGCGGGGAGGCCCCCAAGGGCUACACGCAGGACCAGGUGGAUGCCGUGAAGAGGGUAAAGCAAUGUAAGGAUUACUACGAAAUUCUGGGAGUCAAUAGAGAAGCCUCUGAUGAGGACUUGAAAAAGGCUUACAGGAAACUCGCACUGAAAUUUCACCCAGAUAAGAACCACGCACCCGGGGCUACAGAGGCAUUUAAAGCCAUCGGUAACGCAUAUGCGGUCUUGAGCAACCCAGAGAAGAGGAAGCAAUAUGACCAGUUUGGAGACGAGAAGCUCAACCCUGCUCGGCACGGUCACACGCACUCGGACUUCCACCGCGGCUUUGAGGCAGACAUCUCCCCCGAGGACCUCUUCAACAUGUUCUUUGGUGGUGGUUUUCCCUCGAGUAAUGUUCACGUGUACAGCAACGGCAGGAUGCGAUACACCUAUCAUCAGAGGCAGGACAGACGAGAACACCAGGGUGAUGGUGGCCUUGGGCUGUUUGUCCAGCUGAUGCCUAUCCUCAUCCUGAUCGUGGUGUCUGCUCUCAGCCAGAUGAUGGUCUCCAGCCCGCCCUACAGCCUGAGCCAGAGGCCGUCUGUGGGUCAUGUACACAAGAGGAUAACAGAGCACUUAAAAGUUAUCUACUACGUAUCUGAGAACUUUGCAGAAGAAUACACGGGCACGAACUUGAAAAACGUGGAAAGGAGCGUGGAGGAUGACUACAUUGCAAACCUUCGAAAUAACUGCUGGAAAGAGAAGCAGCAGAAGGAAGGCUUGUUAUACCGGGCACGGUACUUUGGAGACACGGAGCUGUACCAGCGAGCACAGAAGAUGGGCACCCCCAGCUGUAGCAGACUGUCAGACGUACAAGCCUCUCUGCAUGGAUAGUCGCUGCCGGCCCGCUCAGCAGAGGUCUAAGUACGAGCUGUGGCAGCAGAGCACGACACAUAGUGCUUUUAACACUUAAAUCUCUGAGGCACAAGCCUUCACGCGUCUCCUCCGGAUGCUCAAACGUAACGGGGGGAGGCAGCCCCCUCUGUCAAGCCUACACUCCUUAAUUGGGAAAUUGAUUUUGUUUAGCUUGCAUGUCAGCACCCCCGGCUCACUCCAAGCUCGCGUUGCUGGUGUUGGUUCUCUAGGAACAAAGCAAAAGCCCCAGGCGUGCUGGCAGCCUGGCUGAGCUCUUGUCAACCGCGCCUUCGAUGCAGUGCCGCGUGCACCUUGGCUGGUUGGAAGUUUUAUUCCUUAUCUCGCUAAGCCUUGACCAGCCAUGGCAGCCUGCCACCACGUUUUAAAGAACCUUUUUUCUUGCUUUCUUGUCUGUUUUAUUGAAAAAGUUGUUAUCCCCUGGCACUGUGGUGACUGUUAGAAUGCAGGUGUUCCUUGCCUACCUCUUGCCUUGCCGUGACACUCCAGGAGAACAGAGCAAAGGGUCAGAGCUCACAGCAGGGGCUAGGAGCAGCUCGGCGUGUUAAACUGGAAAAUAAAGUAAAAGCAGCAGAGUGGGAGCCCAGAGGGCAGUGGGGUAGGAGAGCUGGAGUCCAGGCAGCCCACACAGCACAGAAGAGAAGCGGGUGUGCUGGGUCAUGGGAGAGCUGAUAAAAUAAUGAAAGCUUUGGCACAGAGUUUAGAGUUCUUUUUCUGCUUAAUUAUCAGCUGGAGGCCCAUACAGGCCUUGUCUAACCACAUCAUUUCUUGAAAGUUGGAUUUCUGUAGGAAAUAAGUGAAAGUUUGCACCAAGUUUUAGUUGCAGGGGCAGCACUGAGGCUUGAUGCUGGACACCUAACUGUUGGAGUUUCUGAUGCCAGUAAGGAGAUUUAGCAGUGGAGUUUUUCUCUAUUUUCCUUGGCUAAUGGAGCACAUCUUAAGGCAAAUCCUCUGGGUUGUGCUUGGCCUUUUCUGGUGUACUCUGGCUUCGGUUUACUCGGUACACCCACUCCUGUUUUCCUUUGCACCUCUCAUGUCAGGGCAGGCUGGUGUUAAGAACCAGGAAAGAGGCAGUGCCUGCAUGCCCACGGUGCUGGAGCAGAGGGACUGUGUGGGGGGCAGCACAGGGCAGGAGGCAGCUGCUGCGACGCAGGGACGGGUGGGCCGCAGAGGGGGCACUGUGCCGGGGACUGACACCGCUACCACUCUCGUUCCCAGACCCUUGACAUACCUGAAGACUUUUGAUGAAGUGCACUGAGCCGAGGUGACAGACUUUAUAUUUAAAGAAUGAAAUCUUAUAUUAAAAUGGAAUUGAGAUUAGCAACGCACAACUGCCCUCUUUCUUCUCUCUGCCCGUCUCCGCCGGUGGAUGUCCCAGGCGGCAGUUAGGACAGGACUAGAGGCCGUCGUCCUCAUUCCCUUCCAGCAGCACCGCCGUGCAACGGCCUGGGUGGCGAAAGGAGCUGCACUGGAGAGAGAAAUCGGACAAUUCGCUGAUAAAGAAAACUUUUAAAGAGAAGAAAAAAGAAAAUAUAAUCUAUUUAGAAUUAAUUUAUAGCUGUAUAUACGUUGUACUUUUAAACUAUGCAGGGGUUGGAUGAUUAAAUUAUUUUGCUUUGUGCCCGGUUUUGUGAACAGAGAAGCAGGAGGUCUCCGCAGGGUUGUGGCACAAGGCAGCGGUCGCCUCGCGGUGGCUGCGCUUUGCUUUCCUGUGGAUGGCAGCGAUCCGUGGCUGGGGAGCUCAAUGUCUGCCUGCCAGGCUGCCAGAGAAGCAUUUCCGAAUCCACGGGGGGAAAAAAUCAAUUGAUGAAACCGCCCAGAUCUGCAGUUUGGAUUUGCAACAUUGGCAAGAACAACUGAGUGCUGGAGCCACGUGUUGCUCAGAGAAGGGAUCAUCCUGGAUGCUUUUAGCUCAUCACUUCUUGCUUUAGUCAUGUGUGUAACUUUUUCUUUUUUUUUUUUUUUUUUUGCAGCGUCCGCUUCAAUUUUGCCUCGUAGUCAUUGUGCAGCAUUCAUUCUGUGAGCAGGGCUGUCCGCAAGCUGCAUCCCUUUGUUAAUUUGCCAGUCCUGCACUUGGGAUUCCUCACCCAGCAGCGCUCCGGUUACGGUAGGGCCCUGGCCUUAGGGCAGCUUCCAGGGAAUGGAGCGUUCAUUGCUUCUGUUGAAAGAAGCUCUGCAGGGUGAGAUCAGCAUCUGAUGGGCUCCUCAGACCCCACUGCUGGGGAGCCGCGUGCCAGGGCUCACCUGCUCAGCCAGGCAGGGCCCGGCUUGGAGCAGCUCCAGGCUGCCAUCCCCACCAUGCGUGUGCAAGAGGCAAAAGGCAAAUGAGCGGAGUUGCAUCACUGGGACAAACUGGAUCUUUUUUUGGUACCCUGCAGUUAAUUUUUGCCUGAAGACAUUUCCUUUGAGAGCCUCCCCGGGUGCUGGGGGGUUGCUCAGGUGGGGGUGCGGGGUGGCCAGGCUGGGACGGCAGUGAGUGGCAACACGGAUUGAGGUCUUCGGCAUUAGGCAUCCACGUGCUCUGUCUUGGGCCAGUUAUUUGUUUUGCAAAGUAUCAGCCCUCCUGUUAACUGUAAGCCUUAUUAUCCCACAGCUACCGCGGCUCAAACUUGAUUUUAAGAGAUUAUUUUUUAAUGAUAUCUCCAUCUUCUGAAGGAAUUUGGUGGAGUGUGUGACAUGGGAAUAGCUCUUAGUAGCGGCACAGGGCAGCUGGCAGAAGUCUCUGGGGUGGGGGCUGUAGGCUGUAGAGAGCAAUGACAUUAGCAAGAGUUGCUGGCCAUUUCGCAACACAUUCCUUGCCCAGGGCCUGCCCACCUUGUGAUUUCUCAAGUAGUUAUUCAUGGAUAAUACGAGCCAGAAAGCAUAGAGCCUAACGGGUCUUCAUGGAAGCUGUAUUUCUUGAUUUAGAAUUAAUUAUAAAAUUGUACAUCUAUAAAUAAACGUUUGUAAUGUGAAA